AUGAAUCGGCAGGCGAACGACAAACGGACGCGCGGCCGUUUUGAUCGGGUCCCCUUCCAGGCUGCGCUCGGCGGCGGAGGGCGGGUCACCCUCCAGGAGGCGGUCAGGGCAGCGGGACUGGACUGGGAGGGCCGCCUGCACUGCGGACUGGACGACGCGCGCAACACGGCGCGGCUUCUUGUUGAGCUGAUGCGGCGCGGGGUCAAGAUGACCAUCACCGGUUCGCUGGCGCCGCCGCCGCCGAUCCAGCAGAAGGAGCAGCCCCCGCAGCUUCUCACAAGCUCUUGCGGUGGCUCAUCUGUGCUGGCGCCGCUGCCGAUGAUCCAGCAGAAGCAGCAGUCGCCGCAGCUUCGCACAAGACCUUGCGGUGGCUCAUCGGCACUGGCGCCGCCGCUGAUCCAGCAGAAGCAGCAGCCGCCGCAGCCACACAUGAUAAGCCCCUGCGGCGGCUCCUCUGCGACGUGCUUCUGCUACUGCAGGGUACCGACCAGAGGAGGCGUGGUGUCCGUGCCAGGGCCGAUGCAGGGCAAGUGCUUCUUCGGGUGUGGCAACUGGACGCCGGCCAUGGGACCCGUGUGCCCCUACUUCGUAUGGACCAACUGAAUGAACCACCCAUGGCAGGGCACCAGAAUCAGUGUAGCUCAGCUGUUAGUG